AUGAUUUCCCGCAAACCUCCGCCUGGCGUCACAAUCAGUGCGAGCCCUCCUCGGAAACCAUUCGUAUACGAUGACCCUCAGCAAUCGCUCAUCCGCGAAUUCCAGCUUGAUGUCCUCCCCGAUGGCGAGGAUAGUCAAAAUGCGCCUCUUUCGGGCCGCAUCAUGAGCAACACUUUCGCAUUCCUCGGCAUAGAAGGCUUCACUUCAGCAUUUCUGCCAUCUGCACGAGAAGAUACUGGAUCUGUGAGAGAGAAAUUGUCGGGCUCAAAAGGAUAUGUAGCAGUGAGUUACAGCUGGGGCAACGCUGAUGAGCUCUUUCCACUUCACCUCGUGACGGUAAGCUGCGAUUUGGACAAGGAUGAUAACGUUGUGAUGAAUCACCAGCCUGAGAGGAAUGGCUACAUCUGGAUCACGCCAAAUUUGAGGAUAUUUCUUCUCGAGCUGAGACGGCGACGAGAGCGCAGAUUUCUGUGGAUCGAUGCCAUCUGUAUUGACCAGGCUGACGAUAAUGAUAAAGGGUAUCAGAUCAAGCAUAUGAGGCAUGUCUAUGAAUACGCGGAGGAGGUCUAUGUGUGGCUUGGCCAAGCUAGUGAGAUGGAGUUGGGUGCUCUCCGAAUCUUGCCGAAUGUGACUGCCAAAUUGCAGAAGUGCGAUGCCGAUGCUUAUGAGAACCUCGAACAGAACUUUGCUCAGGCUGGAUUGCCUGAUCCUACUCAUGAGAUCUGGAGGGCAUAUUCGAGCAUCAUGAUGAGGAGUUGGUGGUCACGGCUGUGGACACUGCAAGAAAUCGUCAUGGCCAGUGAGCUGGACGGAACGAUCGAAUACAAGGAUUUCUACAAAGCUCCCAACGCCUCGGUGCUAUGUGGAAGCUCCACCACUAUGUGGGAGAAAUUUGACCACUUCGUCGAGGCUUUAGCCAAGACAGGACUGAAAGAAUGGCUAAUCACCGGUGAGGUUGGCAUUGCGUGCGACGAUCUGCACGGGAUUGAUGCUGUGUCGGAGGUCAGGACUGGACGUGCAAGCCAGCUGCGGUACGGCUGGGCGGUCACUAUGUCAGCAACUCUACUGGCAACUCGUAGGAGAAUGGCGACCAAGCCAGAAGACAUGGUCUUUGGCCAACUUGCUCUUCUCGACAACGCGACAAUCAAAGAGCUCGCACUUGAUAUCAGAAUGCCGGAGACUGAAGUCUUUACUCGCUUCGCAAAGCAUUACAUCCGCAAUGAGGUUAAAGAAUGCCUACUGAAUCACACGGCCACAGUUGAGAGGCUGGCUGGCCUUCCGAGCUGGUGUCCGAACUUCGCUUCCCGAGAAGAAACCAUCUCUAUCGGUUCUCGUUGGGUAGGCCAUUACCAGGAACAAGCCUGGUUGAAGAAGCAAAUGCCAUGUGCCGGUCUUCAAAAGCAUGGGAAAUGGAAGUUGCCUCGAAGCAAGCUGUACUAUGCUAAAUACAUCACCAAUGCCCUUCAAGCGAAACACAGUCUGGACAAUCAAUACAACACCAACAACCCACGACAAAUAGCGCUUUCUCCAGGAACAGAUUGCAUCAUUGCUACUGGUGUCGAGCUCGACAUCGUCACGCAUACCGUCGAUUGCAACGCAGCCGCAGAAUCUGCCAAGUUCCUCGCCUACAACAGCGUCUUGCAAACUUAUGCCUGGGAGCGACAAUGCUUCAAGCUAGCGCAUGAAACGUUCUCGACAUCAUCUACGUCAGCCUCGAGCUCUUACUACGAUUUGUAUGCUCGCACGCUGACAGCGAACCGUGUGACAAUGAACCCAUCUGAUCUCUUGAGUCGCGAUGAGGAUGCCAGCGAGAUCAUAUUCGAUCGAUAUGAGCAAGUCGACUUCGCCGAGCCAUAUCUCAACCUGAGAAAAUUCAUGCAAGCAACCAUCGAUGCUGGAGAGACAAUCGACCCUAAAGCGAACAUGACGCGAGAAACCAAAAGAUUUGCUACUUGUCUUGCGGCAAUGAGCAAGAGGAGGAGAUUUCUCGCUACAAGAGGUGGUAAGAUUGGUUUGGGAUCCUCAGAUGCACAGCCUGGCGAUGUGAUUGUCGUGAUUUUCUAUUGUCCAACGCCUUAUUUGAUACGACGGUCGGAAACUGUGCCUGGACAGUGGCGCUUUGUUGGUGAGGUCUUUGUUCCUGGAUAUAUGUAUGGUGAAGCUUUGGACAUGUUCGAUCGAGGACAACUUAAGGAGUCGAAGUGGACGAUAGCUUGAUGGAAAUAUUGCAGUGCCUGCGUGAAAUAUCAUUGUGAUCUGAGAAGGUUAGCGUGUGGGAAGGAUCAAGUGGGAUAUGGGAGGGAGGAGUUGAUGAGGUUGAGGAAGGAUGGGCGGAAGUAUAGCGAUCUCGUGCCUUGUGAAUCAGGUGUAAAGUUG